GCAAUGCUCUGGUUUCUCCCGCCGGUUCAUUUGCCGGUCACCGGCGGAGUUGCUUUCUUGCCGCCUACCCUUCGAAUGUCCUUCGCUUGUCCUUGUUAUUCUCCCAAUACCGUAGCUUUAACGGCAUACUCUACUCCCUAUAUACCGAAACCCACGCCUCAAAGCUUUUUGUACCAGUGGUUCGAUCGGCUGAAGGGUAACCGUUCUCGAAGGAAAUCUUGAAAAUGGCGGAGAACUCUGUGGAGGGUUUGAUGUAUUUACAUGGAGAUUUGCAGCUACGCGUCAUCGAGGCGCGUGAUUUGCCCAACACGGACUUCGCCGGUGACCGUCUCCGCCGUUGCUUUUCCUGUUCAAUCUUCCCGAAUUCUGAACCCGACGGCGGCGGAUCUGGACCGUCGAGUGAGGAAACUCGCCGCCGUGGAGUUAUAACUACGGACCCGUACGUCACCGUCUCGGCGCCCCUGACGACACUUGCCCGGACUCGGGUCAUCCCAAACUCGCAGAACCCUAAAUGGGAUGAAAACUUUCACAUCCCACUGGCUCACCCCAUGGACUAUUUGGAGUUCCGGGUCAAGGACAAAGACAUGUUCGGAGCUCAGACUAUAGGUACCGUGCAAAUUCCGGUGAAGGAAAUAGCCACAGGCGCUCUGAUCUCCGGUUGGUACGAUGUGAUUGGGUCCACCGGGAAGCCUCCCAAACAGGGAACCGCUCUCCGGGUUGAGAUGAAAUUCACUCCCUUUGAAUCCAAUCCACAGUACAAGAGUGGAAUUGCAGGUGAUCAUAGUCACUUGGGCGUGAGGCGUACUUAUUUCCCACUGAGAAAAGGGUGCUCGGUGAAGCUGUAUCAAGACGCUCAUGUCAGGGGUGGUCCGAAACAGAUAGAUGUUAGAUUAGGCGGAUGGAUGGGAGGGAUAUCUUAUGAGAGGGGUACUUGUUGGGAAGACAUAUAUCACGCGAUGUCUGAGGCUCAUCAUUUGAUAUACAUUGUUGGAUGGUCUGUUAACCAUAAGAUCAGGUUGAUAAGAGAGCCUACGAGGGAGUUACCUUCCGGCAGGGACUUGACUCUUGGUGAAUUGCUCAAGUACAAAACUGAGGAAGGUGUUAGGGUUCUGCUAUUACUUUGGGACGACAAGACUUCUCAUGAUAAGUUCCUCAUCAACACGGGAGGGGUCAUGGGAACCCAUGAUGAGGAGACCAAGAAGUUUUUCAAAAACUCAUCUGUGAAAUGUGUCCUGUCACCUCGGUAUGCCAGCAACAAGCUUAGCUUUUUUAAGCAGCAAAUUGUUGGAACCAUGUUCACACACCACCAGAAGUGUGUGAUUGUCGAUACACAGGCUGAGGGCAAUUUUAGGAAAAUUACCGCUUUCUUGGGAGGUCUUGAUCUCUGUGAUGGUCGCUAUGAUACACCGGAACACAGUUUGUUCCGUGAUCUUGAUACUGUUUUUGAAAAUGAUAUUCAUCAGCCUACAUUUCCACAAGGGACCAAAGCUCCGAGGGAGCCAUGGCAUGACUUACACUGUAGAAUUGAUGGGCCUGCUGCAUAUGAUGUGCUUAUAAACUUUGCUCAACGUUGGAAAAGAGCUACCCGAUGGAGACAAUUUGCUUUUCUGCAAAAGGGUAGAUCUGAAUGGGAUGAUGAUGCAAUGAUCAGAAUAGAUCGAAUUUCAUGGAUAAUGAGCCCAGCAGACUUUGCUGUUACAAAACAUGACACGUCCAUUCCUAAGGACGAACCUGAACUCUAUGUGAAUAAGGAUCAGUCUACACAAUGGCAUGCUCAGAUUUUUCGGUCCAUUGAUUCAGGUUCCGUGAAGGGUUUUCCAGCAAGAACUGACCUUGCUGAGAAACAGAACCUUGUGUGUGGAAAAAAUUUGGUGGUAGACAAAAGCAUUGAGACAGCAUAUAUCCAGGCAAUAAGAUCGGCUCAGAAAUUUAUAUAUAUUGAAAACCAGUAUUUUCUAGGGUCAUCAUAUGCUUGGCCUAAAUACAAAAGUGCAGAUGCCGCUGAUCAUCUGAUUCCAAUGGAGUUGGCUCUGAAAGUUGUCAGUAAAAUUAGAGCCAGAGAAAGCUUUGCUGUAUAUAUUGUUGUGCCGAUGUGGCCUGAGGGAGAUCCCAAGUCAGCUACCGUGCAAGAAAUUCUCUAUUGGCAGAGCCAAACAAUGGAGAUGAUGUAUAAAGUCAUUUCAAAAGAAAUUAAGUCGAUGCAACUAGAUGCAAAUCCUUUGGACUAUCUGAAUUUCUAUUGUCUUGGUACUAGGGAAGAUGUUCUUCCAAGUUCUGCUAGGCAGGAAACUAGCGAAAAAGAAAAGGUUUCAGACUCGCUCAAGUAUCAGCGGUUCAUGAUAUAUGUGCAUGCCAAAGGAAUGAUAGUUGAUGAUGAGUAUGUCAUAUUGGGAUCUGCCAACAUAAACCAACGAUCCAUGGCCGGCUCCAAAGACACGGAGAUAGCUAUGGGAGCCUAUCAGCCCUAUCAUACUUGUGCAAAACAGCUGCAUCGCCCUCGUGGACAGGUCUAUGGAUACCGCAUGUCAUUGUGGAAAGAACACCUCGGAGGAGUGGAGGGUCUUUUCAUGGAACCAGAGACACUGGACUGCGUUAGGAGAGUGAAUGACAUUGCCAGAGAUAACUGGAAAAGAUACACAGAAGAGAGUUUCACCAUCCCCUUGCAGGGUCAUCUUAUGAAGUAUCCUCUAAAUGUGGAUAAAGAUGGGAAAGUAAGUUCGCUACCCGGGUUUGAAGAUUUUCCCGAUGUCGGGGGCAAAGUGAUGGGAGCCCACUCUCCUGCCAUUCCUGAUAUCUUGACAACCUGAUAAUAGUUCAAUUGAUUAUCUUCUUUGUAUGUAUAUGAUAUAUGUGAAUAGAUCUUCUAUGACGAGGUCCACAAAAAUUAGGGUGCAGAAAUGCAAAAAGCCUAGAGUACAAAGUGAAUGUGAAGGGUAAAUAGGGAAAUCAUCAUUUUAUUGGGAGCAUAGCCUAGAGUACAAAUUUUAUUGGAUUUGUAAUUCAACAUUCAUUUAUUUGAUUCUUUCUUCAAAAUAAAAAAAAACAUUCAUU